CAAUUUCAUCACACGAAACCCUCUUACUUCUCCACAUUGACAGAAAUAUCCAUCUGCUUCUGUUCACUUCUUUUUUCCUUCUCCUUUUGCAUGUUGUAAUUGUUUUGCUUCAUCAUGGGGGUUUUAGUAAUCUCGGCUCUCCUACUCCAUGUGCUAUCGUUUUCUGUUUGCGUUCAAGGCUUCUACCGUCGUGGCGGGCACCAUCCCGGCGGCCACAUGGGACCUUGGAUCAAUGCUCAUGCCACAUUCUACGGUGGCGGUGAUGCUUCUGGCACUAUGGGUGGAGCUUGCGGGUACGGGAAUCUAUACGGCCAAGGCUAUGGAACAGAGACUGCCGCGCUGAGCACGGCGUUAUUCGAUAACGGACUUAGUUGUGGUGCCUGCUUCGAGCUUAAGUGUGUCAACGAUCCUCAGUGGUGCAUACAAGGCCGGUCCAUUGUGGUCACUGCCACUAACUUUUGUCCUCCUGGUGGCGCCUGCGAUCCUCCUAACCACCAUUUCGAUCUUUCUCAGCCCAUCUACGAGCACAUCGCUAUUUACAAGUCCGGUAUCAUUCCGGUUAUGUACAGAAGGGUACGGUGCAGGAGAAGCGGUGGGAUAAGGUUCACGAUCAACGGUCACUCAUACUUUAACUUGGUGCUGGUCACAAAUGUCGGUGGAGCCGGGGAUGUACACUCUGUGUCAAUCAAAGGGUCGAGGUCAAAAUGGCAAUUAAUGUCAAGAAACUGGGGGCAAAACUGGCAAAGCAACUCUUAUCUCAAUGGUCAGAGUCUGUCGUUUGUUGUCACCACAAGUGAUCGCCGAAGUGUCGUGUCGUUCAAUGUUGCUCCUCCCGGUUGGUCCUUUGGCCAGACCUACACCGGAGGGCAGUUUCGGUACUAACUUAUAUAAAAGUGGUUUAUAUAGUAAACCGGUUUGGUUCGCUUGGUUUUAGUAAUUGCAUCUUUUUGUAAUUUUUGGUUCCAAGUUGGGGACCUUUUUUUGGGGGUAACCAAUUAAUAUCAGGACUGGUAAUGUAUGUAGCUAAAUGUGUGUGAAGUGUGAACGAGAGAAAGAAACAGAUACUUCUCAUUUUAUAUAAGAAAAUGAAAGUAAUAUUAAAUAAUAUUAAAAAGAAAGUGAUAUUAAGAUA